AUGAACAUAUUUAUCCUCGGCCACCCCUCAGCGAAUCCGCUACUGCUGGCAAUCGAGGCCGCAACGGGGCCCAACAGCUACCUGCUAGAGAGGAGGAGCAAGAGAAGGAACUACAAAGGCAAAUGCGGGAACAGCGGAGAAACAAGCGGCAACAAGGCCACCAUCGUCAAGAAACGGCUCAGCUUCAAGAUCCCACGUCAUAUCAGUCAUCCACUCAGCAGCCACCAGCUAGCCACUCAGUCUGAUACUCUACAAGAGGAGGACAAGAGAGGAACUACAACAGGCAAAUGCGGAGAACAUGCGGAGAAACAAGCGGCAACAAGGCCACCAUCGUCAAGAAACGGCUCAGCUCAAGAUCCCACGUCAUACAGCACCACUCAGUCAGCCACCAGCUAG